AUGUCGGCCGUGGGUAAUCGCAACAGUACACCUGUCGAUUCUAGCUCCUCCCUCCGACCUCCUGGAUCUGCUCGAACCCUAGGUUCUGCCAACCAUCACCUUCGUGCAUCCGCAGAUAUGGCUGCCUUCUCCGCAGCCCCCUCUACGAGUCGAAUUCGACCUUCUUCUGACUAUUAUGGCAACCAGAGUCAGACACCCGGAGGGGAGAACGAUACAUCUGAUAAGCUUUCUCAGCAAUGGAUUGCAGACAUUGAUCAGUAUGAGAACACGUUAGAGGAAAUGGCCGCAGCAACUCUGGAUCAAGAUUUCAAGGACGAGCUGAGCGCAAUAGAGCAAUGGUUCCGAGUCCUGAGUGAAGCUGAGCGUACCGCUGCUCUGUAUGCUCUUCUUCAGCAGACGACUCAGGUCCAGAUCCGCUUCUUCAUUCAAGUUCUUCAGCAGAUGGGAAAAAACCAUCCGAUGUCUGGAGUGCUGUCCCCUGCAAACUUCGACAAAGAUCCUAUGUCAAGCCGCUUGACUGACGCGAUGGGCAAGCUCAGUACUGAUGGCUCUCGAAAUUCGUUGGGCAGACCCCCUCCAACUCCAGUCGCAAAGCGACACUCUGGUCUCGACCCAUCUACAAUCAAUGCUAUGUUCCCUGAUGCCGCCGCCGCCAUUGCUACAGAGAAGGCGAAAUUUGCCCAGCAAACUGGUAAUCUACCAUCAUCAAACCGCAACAGUGCUGCGUAUGAUCCGCGUACUUCCUUAACGGCACCUACAAUUUCUGGACCUGCGGAUGCAUCAGAAAAUAGCGGAGUCCCUUCAUCUCCAUGGGGCAUUCGCAACAACGAUCAAGCUACUAAACCCAAAUCUUCAAAUGACCAACCACCAAUGGGCCAGUUCAUGCAACCAGCACCCUCUGCAGGCCUUCGCGCGACUUCUGGUGGAAAGAUUCAGAGUACCACGGUCUCUACUCCCGAUAAUCAAGGUCAGGAUAUGUCAGUGCUUUCGCCGUACAACGCCGGAAACGGCAACUGGGCUUCCAUGGUAAACACUCCCAUGGUUGCCAACUUCAACAACGGAGGAAGCUCGCAGGCUGAUAUGGUAGCAAAUGCCACCGCUAUGAAACUCGCGGCCCUCUCCACAGUCAACAACCGCUUUGCUCUGGACGAUGUUCGCAAAUUCCGUCGUGCUAGGUCCAACGACGGAGGUCCACUUUCUCCAGGUCUUCAAAGCAAUAUGUCGGGUGCUAAUGUUGUGAUGAUCAAUGAACAUGGUCAUGUCUUGAGCAGAGACCAAAUUAUCGCCCUUCAGGCCCAACAAAAUGCUACCUUUGGUCAGAGAUCCCGCCCAGCAUCUCCCGGUCUGGCCAUGCAAGGUGGUGGUUUUGGUCAAUUGGGUUUCGCACCCCCCCAAAACAAUGGCUACCUGGCUGCCUACGGUGGAGCUGCCCCUCUGGUAAAUAAUAGUAUGGCCUCCCUCACCGUGGGCUCAUUUGGCCUGGGAGGAGGUCAUGAGGGCUAUGUCUCCGAUGAUAUGAGCCGAGGCCGAUCUCCACGUGGUAGAAGAGGCAGCUCGAAGCCUCCGGAGGAUCCAACUGACCCAAGCUUGCUCCAAGACAUCCCUAGCUGGCUGAGAAGUCUCAGGCUACACAAGUACACCGAUAACCUCAAGGACAUGAACUGGACCGAGCUUGUUGAAUUGGAUGAGAAGGCGCUGGAGGAGAGAGGUGUGAAUGCUCUUGGUGCACGCAGAAAGAUGUUGAAGGUUUUCGAGCAAGUUAAGGAGGCAAAGGCGGAAGGGAAACUUUCGUGA